AUGUUGCUUGAACUUCUCAAUAGAAAGCCCAGUGUUCAUGUCCCUGGUGGUCCUGAGGCUGUUGACCUAGUCAAAAUGGUUACAUCCAUAAACAGGAUUAGGGCUGCUAAUGUAUUUGAUGCAGAUCUGUUGAAGCGACCCACCAUAAAGGAACAGAUGGUUAAAACGUUGCAGAUAGGAAUGAAAUGUGUUCAAAAGUCAAUGAAGAAGAGACAUAGGAUGUCUGAAGUAGUGAAGAUGUUAGAGGAAUAUAGUUUAUCGUUCCCCAUAAGUGGUGCUCUUGUGGCAAGAAAACGUGUAUUUAUUGAGGAUCCUUACCCCACAUUUGAUCUUGAGGAUCUGCUUAGGUCUUCUGCUGAGGUUCUUGGGAAAGGAACAUUUGGGAGUUCUUACUUGGCAAGAUUGGAACCUGGAAACACAAUUGAGAAUCGGGCACAAAAUGUUCCUGCAGUGAGGGCAUACUACUGUUCGAAAAAGAUGAAGCGCUCUCGAUUUAUGUUCACUGUUGCGCUGCAUGGGAAACUAGGAACUGAUAAGACACCUCUAGACUGGGAGACCCGCAUGAAAGUUGCAGUGGAGGCAGCCAGGGGCAUUGCUCACAUCCAUAGAAAAGAUGGCCGGAAGCUCGUUCAUGGAAAAAUUAAAUCCUCAAACAUUCGAGGAGAGGCUAGUAAUGGCUGUUUUGAAGAAACAGCAGCUAUCCGCUUUUUUCACGAUCAUUCGAGGAGCCCCAGCAUCCUCUCCGAAGCUUCGGAUUUCAGCUCCAGGGCCUCCAUUGAUGAUCUGGCCUUUGACCUUGCAAGGCUCUGGAGUUCGUCGACUUAUGGAAGAGCUACAAAGCUGGUUAAUCGUUUCAGAUUUCAGUCCUCCUAUGGACUUGGAAAAUGUCAACCUGGCUUCUGCUGA